UCAGCAAGCUCAGAAGCUGAGUUUUCAGGGUGACACCUGAGGAGGGUGAACAUGAUUCUGCUGGGGGAGGUUGUCAGUGGCUGGAGAUGGGGGUUUCAUACACAGAACUGGGAGGUUUGUGGGGAGGAGUCACUGCCAGCCCUGUCAGUGGGAAGGGCUGUGCUGUCACUGCUGAUGGGGUCCUGCAGCACCCCUGGGUGCUCGGGGCAGGUGGGGUGGAGCUGCCUGGGACAGGGUCAGUCCUGCAGUGGCUGCCAGCCCCUCCUCGCUUGUGCCAAGAGCAGCAGCUCACCGGGUUUGUUUUGGUGUUUCAGAGUCUCCUUCCCUGACAGCAGAGCCCACCAUGCAGGCAGACUCUGUUCUCCACAGUGGCUACUUCCACCCCGUGCUGCGCUCCUGGCAGUGCACGGCCACCACCUUCGAUGCCUCCAACCUCAUCUACCCCAUUUUUGUCACUGACAGCCCUGAUGCCGUGGAGCCAAUUCCCAGCCUUCCUGGACAAGCCAGGUACGGAGUGAACAAGCUGGAGGGGAUGCUGCGGCCCCUUGUCGAAGAUGGCCUCAAGUGUGUGCUCAUCUUUGGGGUGCCCAGCAAGGUCCACAAGGAUGAGAGAGGCUCUGCUGCUGAUGCCGAGGGCACUCCUGCCAUCCAGGCCAUCAGGAAGAUCCGCUCCACCUUCCCGGAGCUGCUGACUGCCUGCGAUGUCUGCCUGUGCCCCUACACCUCGCACGGGCACUGUGGCAUCCUGCGUGAGGACGGCACCAUCCAGAACGAGCUCAGCUGCCAGCGGCUGGCAGAGGUGGCGCUGGCUUAUGCCAAAGCAGGCUGCCACAUCGUGGCCCCCUCGGACAUGAUGGACGGGCGCAUUGCAGCCAUGAAACAGGCGCUGAUCUCCAACGACCUGGGCAACAAGGUCUCAGUGAUGAGCUACAGUGCCAAGUUUGCUUCGUGCUUCUACGGCCCCUUCAGGGACGCGGCGCUCUCCAAACCUGCCUUUGGGGACCGGCGCUGCUACCAGCUGCCCCCGGGGGCACGGGGCCUGGCCAUGCGUGCUGUGGACCGGGACGUGCGGGAAGGUGCAGACAUGCUGAUGGUAAAGCCGGGGAUGCCCUACCUGGACCUCGUGAGGGACGUGAAGGCUCGGCACCCCACACACCCGCUGGCCGUGUACCACGUCUCGGGGGAGUUCGCCAUGCUGUGGCACGGGGCGCAG